UUAGUUUUUUAGUAAUUAUUUUCGAUAAUAUGACCCUUGUGUUUCCUUUUUCCAAGCUAGCUGACGUCGUCAGCGAAAGUGAAAGUAAAAUGCUGCUGCUUGGUUUUCAGGGGGAAAACCAGAUAUUAAAUCCACUUUACUCCGUGUGUUGGUUGUAAAGAAAGAGACCAGAGAGCAAAAAUAGUAGGGGCAACCAUGGCGGAGUUUUCUACAAUUUAUAAACUGUCUAUUAUCGCCUUCAUCGGCUUCAUCCAAGCCUGCAGCUGUACCUGCCCUGUGAUGGAGUGCUGGUUCGUGCAGGAGAAGCCAGGGAGAGGAGGAGGUCUAACGGGAGCUACAACGCAGGAGAAAUCUCUGCUUCACAUCAGGACAGAUGCACACAGUGAGACUGCAGAAACCCAGCGUGCUCCAGCUGACAUCAACCCCAGCAGAGUUUAUGUUAUAACAGACCCUGCAGCCACCCUCUGCCAUCCCUCUCUCAACCCUCCCAGAGGCUCCAUCAAGAAGCCUCAGUGUGAGAUUAACCCCUUCCUGCCGCAGCCGUCCAGCCUCAAAUGGGUCGCCUCUUUGACAGAAUCCGCCCUCAGCCCCAUAUACCUGCAAGCUGAUUGGUUCUCAGGUUCCUUUCAGGGCCUGGACGAGCAGCUCGGCAUUUCUACAAUCUCACGAGCUCCGUCAGGAACUACAGAACAUGAUGUCAUCCUGAGCAUUACCAGUAAAACCAUGUCUGCCAAGUCCAGACUCGGCGACCCAGUCACCCUGGACUGCAGCUUCUGGGUCGACCCGUCCAAUCCUCUGUCCGCGUCGGGUUUUGCCGUGGAGUGGCGCUACCAGACCAGAGGUGACGGCCGGCUCGUUCUGGCUUAUGACGGGAAAAUGGACCGUUUGGCUGAUACUCAUGAGCAGGGGGCGUCUCUGGACUUUGAGGCUUUGCAUGAGAGAGGUAAUGCUUCCCUGCUCCUGGAGGAGGCUAAGGUCCGUCACUCUGGGACGUAUAUCUGCACCGUGUAUCUGCCCUACCUGCUCGCUCAAGUGACGAUGGAUCUACAGAUUAUAGAACCUCCAUCUCUCUCCAUCCACCCUUCCUCUCUGCCCCUCGCUGUUCCAGGCCAGACCUUAAACGUCCAAUGUGAAGCAUCAGGCUUUGCUCCCCUCCCUCUGGAGUUGAGCUGGGAGUUUAAAGGUGCCGAUGGAAAGUCCAGAUCUCUGGGUUCAGGCAGCGUGUCGGGACACAGGCAGGCCUGGGAUGGCACCUACAGCCAGAGCACCCGACUGGAGCUGGACACAUCCAAACUGGACCUGGGCCGCGGGGGAGAGGUCACCUGUGUGGCUGUUCAUGCAGGAGGAACACGCCGGGCCAGCGUGACCCUCAAUGUUAUCGGGUUCAGCAGUCCUUCCAUCGAAGACUCUAUGGCGAUGGUCGGUGUGGCGCUGGUCCUCUAUGGGCUCAUCAAGUUUGUGUCAUGGACCUUUACUGGAUCCGGCUCAAAUGAAGCUGAAGGACAAGAUAAGAAGGAAAAGUAAAGAUGGCAGAAGUCGACUGAAGGUUUCUUGUUGAACCAGUGACACUUUUCAUACCUUCAACAGGGUUUUAGCAGCAGCUCCUCGUCUUCAUGCAGGCGAUCCUUUCUCUUUUUUUUACUGCAUGCAGCCUGUGUACAGAAUUUACUGCCUGUACUUUUCCAACAUUUUGUGGUAUAAAUUUAUUUGGGUGGAAAAUAAUCUAGAAAACUCCUCUCAUGUGUGAACAUUUGUACUGAUAUGUAUAUAUUUGAUUUUAUUUUCUGUGUCACAGUUUCUUCUCUAUUUUUUGGGUUUGCUACAAACACUGGAAAUGGGCCAAAAAUGUUAAGGUAAUUUAGAUUGAUGCCGUCAGCAUCAUUUGGUGAAUUUAAAGUCAUUGACUGAAGCUCAUCGUCAGUUCAUAAUGAGCAGUUAAAUGCAUGGGUCCUUGGUUUCUGUUGGGAAGAGUGAUUCUGCGACAGGCUGAGUCUAGCACCAUGUUCUGAUUAAAGAAAUGUGAAAAAUAUUGUUCAAACAAAGCGAAAAACUGUUGUUGAAUUCUCAAUGUCCUCUGAAAUAAAAGUAUUUCUUGAAACAA